AUGUUCUCCUCAUCGCCCGACCACUUUCGGCCUCAUGACAGUCUUAAUUUGCCAACUUUUAUACAUAUCAGUCUGAUGGAGAAUACGGAGACAAAUGAUUCAAUCAACUUCCCUUUUUCUUUCCGGUUAGAAGAUCCAACUUUAGAGAGAAUUGCUGUUAAGAAACUAAAAUGUAUCGAGCGAGGAUAUGCGUAUCCGCACAUUGAUAUUGUUUUUGCAAGAGGAGAAACCAGUUUAACUAGACAUGGACAUCAUACGACUGAAAAAGAUGAGAAGAACUGUGGAUUCUACAAAAGUGUCCAAACGAUAUCUCGCAAUUCAACAGAACUACAGCUCAUCCCAGAUUUCGAAACUGAAACAAGCUUGAAUGGUUAUGUAAUUUUUGCUUACAAAACAAUGGAACAUAUGCAUACUCAAAAAUUCACGAGCUCUUGGAAGACAUGGUCGGGAGCACGAAUGUUGAGUACACGAAUGCCACUGCCACAUAUUGUCACAAAAAUGUCUUUCUUCAAAAAGGUCUCCGGCCAACUCAAUUUUGAGUAUAUUUUAAUAGCGAAAAUCAAAAACAUGAUGGUGAACGCUGCUCCAGCUUUGAACGUCCUUCAUUACAUGAAACCAAAAGUGUGUGCAUAUGUCGGAGCAUACCGCAAAAUUUCUUUUGAGGUCAACAAGAAUUUGUGUCGCAGUCUGGGACUUUUAGAUGCUAAUUAUGUGGAUGCAUUGACAAAUAGAUUUCGAGUCACUUACAGUAAUAACACAGGUUAUGUAGAGCUAUCCAAUUUUAUUGAGUAUCGUUGCAAGGAGGAAGAGGAAGAGGCGCGAGAAGCUAGAGAGCGACAUAUUAAAAAGUCAACUCAUGUUCAGACGGAACCAACUGAAUCUUCGAAACAUGCUAGGAGAACUUUACCAAGAACACUUCCAUCUACGCCCAGCUCAAUGUGUUCUCCGUCUACACCUCUUCAAUUCUACCCAUCAUAUCCAUCCCCGAACUCUGUGAUCGGAAGCAUUUUGAAACACAAAAGUCAGAUUGUGACCGUAGGAAACAAUUAUUUGCUUGUACUGGAUAAUCGAGACUCGGAAGCUUCAAACAGAGGCGAGACAGUUAUCAAUGACCAAAUAACAAGUCUACCGUCAAUGAUUGAGCACAAAACACCGGUGAAUCAAGUUAGUCAUUACAAUAUUGAAUAG